AUGGGUGAGGAAGUAGUGGGUGAUCACAUGGGUGUGGUUGGUUAACCGUUUCUCCACUAGCCUUGCACACAAGUGACACACAGAGGAGAGCGCUGUGGAUGAUGAAGCUGCGGAUACAUCUCUGGACUCGGGCACCUCGCAGGAUGGAUACAAAGAUGACUUUGGUUUACUUGAGCAUUUUCCUGUUUGUGAUGUUAAGAGUGUCAAGGGCCCAAACACCUGCACCUGCAACUGCACCCACACCAACAGAUGCAAAGCAGGCUGAAUCGACAUUUACAGUAAACACUGGAGAAGCACUGGAAAAGAGAACAACUAGAGAUAUUAACAGCUCCCUGGAAACUAUACCUGAAAAACCCACAAACCAGCAAGCAAACGUCUCCCUCAGUGUUACCACAUCACGAAUAGAGACUUCAGCAGCUUCAAGUACAAAAGCAACAAGUCAACCAAAGCUCACAUCAACUUCAGCACCUGCAGUGAAAACCAACCCUUCUGCACCCGAGAAAACCAUCGAGUGGAAGUCAGAGUGGGACAAAGAUUUCACCUAUGAUUAUAAGUCCCUGAGUUAUGCUGGACUGGUCAUUGCAGCAGUGCUGUUCGUCUUUGGCAUAUUGGUCAUUACCUGCGGAAAGUUCAAUCGGCUGCCCAAAUGCCGCAAGAGGUCAACAAAGUCAUACCGGGUAGCCCAAGGAUAAGGAGAGCGCACGUAUGAAUCCAGUAACCAAAGAAAACAGCUGCAAGAAAACAACCAGGAAUCCAUCAAUAGAAAAACACCUGACAGUCUGUGUGUGCGUGAAUGUGGACUGACACACUGCUUAGCAACUGUCAUAGAAAAACAAUAAAUAAACUUGGAAAUCAUGAUUCAUGCUGACAAGUAAAAAAAGUGGAACCAUCAUCGGGUUCAUCAUGGUCAACUAUUUCAAUAGUUGGCAAGAAAAAUUCCUUUAAAAAGUUAAGUGAUUAUUUAUCCGGGACAAUAAUGAAUAGAUGAAUCCCACUUUAAUCAAACCUUCAGCCAUGAAGCAGGCUGGUUUCUAAUGACCUUUGCAUCUUGUAACUAAUGCCAUAGCCACGGGCAGUGUCUCACAGCUCGGAUUUAUUAUUAAAGGUUAUGAGGAAUAA